AUGCCGCCGAAGACAAGUGGUAAGGCAGCCAAGAAGGCCGGGAAAGCUCAGAAGAACAUUUCCAAGAGCGACAAAAAAAAGAAGCGCAGGAGGAAGGAGAGCUAUGCCAUCUACAUCUACAAGGUGUUGAAACAAGUCCAUCCCGACACCGGUAUCUCUAGUAAGGCUAUGAGCAUAAUGAACAGUUUCGUGAACGACAUCUUCGAACGUAUCGCCGCUGAAGCUUCCCGUCUGGCACACUACAACAAACGUUCGACGAUCACUAGCAGAGAAAUUCAAACUGCCGUGCGUCUGUUGUUGCCCGGUGAGUUGGCCAAGCACGCCGUCUCCGAAGGUACCAAAGCCGUCACCAAGUACACCAGUUCGAAAUAG